GGUGUAUUGUGGGAUGUGCGGCUACUGGGAGCCGAGCCUCCGCCGCCAGCCGCCUCCCGGGCAGCAGCAGGAGCAGCAGCGGCAGCAGGAGCGGCGGCAGCGGCGGCAAGGGCAGCGACAGCCCGGGGCCCGGCAGCCGCUAAGGCGGCGUCCCCCCCAUCCCGGCCCCCGGACCGGCCGCCCCGGCCUCGGCUCCCGCGGGGGACACCAUGUACUGGCUGGCGGCGCAGGGAGGCCGGCGCCCGGCGGGGAUGUUGGGUUAACGGCAUGGAGAACAGUCACCCCCACCACCACCACCAGCAGCCCCCGCCGCAGCCCGGCCCUUCGGGCGAGAGGAGGAACCACCAUUGGAGAAGUUACAAGUUGAUGAUUGACCCGGCUCUGAAAAAGGGGCACCAUAAACUGUACCGCUACGAUGGGCAGCAUUUCAGCCUGGCGAUGUCCAGCAACCGCCCGGUGGAAAUCGUGGAAGAUCCCCGGGUGGUCGGAAUCUGGACCAAAACCAAGGAGCUGGAGCUGUCGGUGCCCAAAUUCAAGAUCGAUGAGUUCUACGUGGGCCCUGUGCCUCCAAAGCAGGUGACAUUUGCCAAGCUGAAUGACAACAUCCGUGAAAACUUCCUAAGGGACAUGUGCAAAAAGUAUGGGGAGGUGGAGGAGGUGGAGAUUUUGUAUAAUCCGAAGACCAAGAAACACCUGGGUAUUGCCAAGGUGGUCUUUGCCACGGUCAGGGGCGCCAAGGAGGCCGUCCAACACUUACAUAGCACGUCUGUCAUGGGCAACAUCAUCCACGUGGAGCUGGACACCAAAGGGGAAACUCGAAUGCGCUUCUAUGAACUGUUGGUUACCGGCCGGUACACCCCCCAGACCCUCCCAGUGGGUGAGCUGGAUGCUAUUUCUCCAAUUGUGAAUGAGACCCUGCAGUUAUCAGAUGCUCUGAAGCGCCUCAAGGAUGGCAGCCUGUCUGUAGGCUGUGGCUCUGGCUCCUCCUCCGUCACCCCCAAUAGUGGUGGGACCCCCUUCUCCCAGGACACAGCUUACUCCAGCUGCCGUCUGGACACACCCAACUCCUAUGGACAAGGCACCCCGCUCACGCCUCGCCUGGGUACCCCCUUCUCCCAAGAUUCCAGCUAUUCCAGUCGUCAGCCCACACCCUCCUACCUCUUCAGCCAGGACCCCACGGCCACCUUCAAGGCUCGGCGGCACGAGAGCAAGUUCACCGACGCCUACAACCGCCGCCAUGAGCAUCAUUAUGUCCACAAUUCUGCAGUGGCUGGAGUGGCUGGAGUGGCUGGAGCCACGGCUACUUUCCGAGGCUCCUCAGACCUUUCCUUUGGCGGCAGUGGAGGCAGCAGUGGUCCUCCCUUCAAGACCCAAUCACAGGAUUCGGCCACGUUUGCCCACACUCCACCUCCUGCCCAAGCAGCCCCUGCUUCUGGAUUCAAGUCGGCUUUCUCUCCAUAUCAGACUCCAGCACCCCCAUUUCCCCCACCCCCUGAGGAGCCCACUGCCACAGCAGCCUUUGGGACCCGUGACAGCGGGGAGUUCCGGAGGGCACCCGCACCCCCACCCCUACCACCUUCUGAACCUCCAGCCAAGGAGAAGCCAGGCACACCUCCUGGUCCCCCACCCCCUGACAACAACAGCAUGGAGCUGGGUGGCAGGCCUACCUUCGGCUGGAGUCCUGAGCCCUGUGACAGCCCAGGCACACCCACUCUAGAGUCGUCUCCAGCGGGACCAGAGAAGCCCCACGACAGCCUGGACUCCCGCAUUGAGAUGCUACUGAAGGAGCAGCGCACCAAGCUGCCCUUCCUACGUGAGCAAGACUCAGACACUGAGCUCCAGAUGGAGGGCAGCCCCAUCUCCUCUUCCUCGUCCCAGCUCUCCCCACUCACCCACUUCGGCACUAACUCGCAGCCUGGCUUCCGUGGUCCCUCCCCACCCUCCUCACCCCCCUCCAGCACAGGUCUGGAGGAUAUCAGCCCAACACCACUGCCUGACUCUGAUGAGGAUGACGACCUGGGCCUGGGCCUGGGCCCUCGGCCUCCACCUGAGCCGGGCCCCCCAGACCCUAUGGGUCUUUCAGGCCAGACAGCUGAGGUGGCUUUGGACCUGGCAGGAGACAGGACCCCGACCUCAGAGAGGAUGGAUGAGGGCCAGCAGUCCUCAGGAGAGGACAUGGAAAUCUCAGAUGACGAGAUGCCAUCGGCCCCCAUCACCAGCGCUGACUGCCCCAAGCCCAUUGUGGUGACCCCAGGGGCAGGGGCUGUGGCAGCUCCCAAUGUGCUGGCUCCAAACCUGCCCCUGCCCCCACCCCCUGGUUUUCCUCCAUUACCCCCACCACCUCCACCCCCACCCCCACAGCCUGGCUUUCCCAUGCCCCCACCUUUGCCUCCUCCACCACCCCCACCCCCACCAUCCCAUCCUGCAGUGGCAGUGCCCCCACCACCUUUGCCAGCACCACCAGGCGUCCCACCCCCACCCAUCCUGCCACCACUGCCACCCUUCCCACCAGGACUGUUUCCUGUGAUGCAGGUGGACAUGAGCCAUGUGCUGGGUGGCCAGUGGGGUGGCAUGCCCAUGUCCUUCCAGAUGCAGACACAGAUGCUCAGCCGGCUCAUGACAGGCCAGGGUGCUUGUCCCUACCCCCCCUUCAUGGCUGCUGCAGCUGCCGCUGCUUCAGCUGGACUGCAGUUUGUCAACUUGCCCCCCUACCGGAGUCCGUUCUCCCUGAGCAACAGUGGCCCAGGCCGUGGGCAACACUGGCCGCCCCUGCCCAAGUUCGACCCCUCCGUGCCACCACCAGGCUACGUACCACGUCAGGAGGACCCACACAAGGCCACGGUGGACGGGGUCCUGCUGGUAGUUCUCAAGGAGCUCAAGGCUAUCAUGAAGCGCGAUCUCAACCGCAAGAUGGUGGAAGUGGUGGCCUUCCGGGCCUUCGACGAAUGGUGGGACAAGAAGGAGCGGAUGGCCAAGGCCUCACUGACCCCCGUGAAGUCGGGUGAACACAAGGACGAGGACAGGCCAAAGCCCAAAGACCGAAUCGCCUCAUGUCUGCUGGAGUCAUGGGGCAAGGGUGAGGGCCUGGGUUACGAGGGCCUGGGCCUUGGCAUUGGCCUCCGUGGUGCCAUUCGCCUGCCCUCCUUCAAGGUCAAGAGGAAGGAGCCACCAGAUACAGCCUCCUCUGGUGACCAGAAGCGGCUGCGGCCCUCAACAUCCGUGGAUGAGGAAGAUGAAGAGUCAGAACGGGAGCGUGAUCGAGACAUGACCGAUGCCCCCUGUGAGCUCACCAAGCGGGACCCCAAAAGCGUGGGUGUGCGACGCCGACCAGCACGGCCACUGGAACUGGACAGUGGUGGGGAAGAGGAUGAGAAAGAGUCCUUGUCCGUGUCCUCGUCGUCAUCAGCGUCUUCAUCCUCGGGAUCUUCCUCCACCUCACCCUCAUCUUCAGCCUCAGACAAGGAGGAGGAGGAGCGAGAAAGCACAGAGGAGGAAGAGGAUGAAGCAGAGGAGGAGGAGGAGGAGGAGGAAGGCCCUAGGAGCCACAUAUCCUCACCCUCAUCCUCAUCCACCUCUGAUAAGGAUGAUGAUGACGACAGUGACGACCAGAUUGAUUCUGAUGACGAUGGCCAAGACACAGUCCUGUCAGAGGCGAGUGAGAAGGACAGUGGAGACUCUGAGGAAGAGGAGACAGAGAGCAUCGCCGCUUCCAAGGCCGCGGCUGAGUCGUCAUCGUCCAGCGAAAGUUCUGAGUCUUCUGAGUUUGAGUCCAGUUCUGAGUCAUCGUCUUCAUCUUCGUCCUCGGAGGAUGAAGAGGAAAUGACUGCACCUGGUGAGGAAGAGGAGGAGGAGGAAAAGAAAGAGACUGCAAUGGCUACAGCUGUGGUAGUGGCGUUGGCCGAUGAGAGCAUGCCUCCAGCAGGCAGCCAGGACUUUGAGCAGGAGAGGGCAGAAGGACCUCUGGGGCCAGGAGCCCCCUUGGGGGAGUCCUUGGGCACGGAAGAGGAACUGGACAUUGAGGCUGAGGACGAAGUCCUUGAGAUGCAGGCUUCUGUGCUGGAAGAGCCUCCCCUGCCUGUGGGUGCCCAGGAGCUGGACGGGAGCAGAGAGCCUCCAGAAGAGCCAAUCCCAGACACACAGGAGGAUAUGUUGCUAUCUCCAGAGCUCCCUGUCAGUGAGACAGAAGCCCAGCCGCUGUCACCCCCUGAACAUGGUCCAGAGGAAGACCUGGGAACGGAGCCCGAGCCGCCGCCGCCGCCUCCAGUGCUCACUUUGCCCUUGCAGCCGCCAUUGCCGCCUCCUCGGUUGCUCCGGCCACCCAGCCCACCACCUGAGCCCGAAACCCCAGAGCCCCCCAAACCUCCUGUUCCCCUAGAACCUCCCCUCGAGGACCAGCCUCCACGUACUCCAGGUCUCUGUGGCACUCUGGCCAAGUCACAGAGCACAGAGACAGUGCCAGCCACCCCGGGCGGGGAGCCCCCACUGUCGGGGGGCAGCAGUGGUCUGUCACUGAGCUCCCCACAGGUGCCUGGCAGCCCCUUCUCCUAUCCAUCCCCAUCACCUGGCUUGAGCAGUGGGGGCCUUCCACGGACACCUGGCCGGGACUUCACCUUCACACCCACUUUUCCUGAGCCCAGUGGACCCUUGCUUCUACCUGUCUGUCCCCUCCCAGCUGGGCGACGAGACGAGCGCUCUGGCCCCCUGACCUCCCCAGUGCUCCUGGAGACUGGCCUCCCUCUCCCGCUUCCCCUCCCUCUGCCCUUGCCUCUGGCAUUGUCUGUCCCUGUCCUAAGAGCCCCACCUCGGCCACCUACCCAGCUGCCUCCCCUGCUGCCUGCUUCCCUAGCUCCGUGCCCACCCCCUAUCAAGAGGAAGCCAGGCCGGCCCCGGCGAUCCCCACCAUCUAUGUUGUCCUUGGAUGGACCUUUGGUCCGGCCACCACCAGGGCCUGCCCUUGGGAGGGACCUUCUGCUCCUAUCAAGCCAGCCACAGGCCCCCAUCUUCCCCAGUGCACAUGACCCUCGGGCCGUGACUUUGGACUUUCGGAACACAGGGGUCCCAGUGCCCCCCCCACCCCUUCCACCCCAGCCCCCUCCACCCCCACCUCCACCACCUGUUGAACCCACCAAGCUGCCCUUCAAGGAGCUGGACAACCAGUGGCCCUCUGAGGCCAUUCCCCCAGGACCUCGCCGCGAUGAGGUCACUGAGGAGUAUACGGACCUGGCCAAGGUGCGAGGGCCAUGGCGACGUCCACCUAAGAAGCGCCACGAAGACCUGGCCCUAUCAGCUUCACCUGAGCCUUCACCACCCCAGCCUCUCUUCCGGCCCCGCUCAGAGUUUGAAGAGAUGACCAUCCUGUAUGACAUCUGGAACGGUGGCAUAGACGAGGAGGACAUCCGCUUCCUGUGUGUCACCUACGAGCGCCUGCUGCAGCAGGACAAUGGCAUGGACUGGCUGAAUGACACACUCUGGGUCUACCAUCCCUCCACCAGCCUCUCGUCAGCAAAGAAAAAGAAACGGGACGAUGGCAUCCGUGAACACGUGACUGGCUGUGCCCGAAGUGAGGGCUUCUACACCAUCGACAAGAAAGACAAGCUGAGAUACCUCAACAGCAGCCGUGCCAGCACCGACGAGCCCCCUAUGGACACCCAGCAGGGUAUGAGCAUCCCGGCGCAGCCCCAUGCCUCCACCCGGGCAGGCUCAGAGAGGCGUUCCGAGCAACGCCGCCUUCUGUCCUCCUUCACUGGCAGCUGUGACAGUGACCUGCUCAAGUUCAACCAGCUCAAGUUUCGGAAGAAAAAGCUCAAAUUCUGUAAGAGCCACAUUCACGACUGGGGCCUGUUUGCUAUGGAGCCCAUUGCUGCUGAUGAAAUGGUUAUUGAGUAUGUAGGCCAGAACAUCCGCCAGGUGAUCGCGGACAUGAGGGAGAAACGGUAUGAGGAUGAAGGCAUCGGUAGCAGCUACAUGUUCAGGGUAGACCACGACACCAUCAUCGACGCCACCAAGUGCGGCAACUUUGCACGCUUCAUUAACCACAGCUGCAAUCCCAACUGCUAUGCCAAGGUGAUCACAGUGGAGUCGCAGAAGAAGAUUGUCAUCUACUCGAAGCAGCACAUCAAUGUCAACGAGGAGAUCACAUACGACUAUAAGUUCCCUAUCGAGGACGUCAAGAUCCCCUGCCUCUGUGGCUCCGAGAACUGCCGGGGGACCCUCAACUAGUCCCCGGGUGCCAAAGGCCAAGGAUGUCAGCCGUAGCCCGGGAGGACCCUCGCCCUGGGCCAGGCUCCACCUCCCACCCAUUUCAGGUGCUGUCCCUUCCCCCAGCAGCCAUGCUAGGGCCUGGCGCCCCCCCAACACUACCCCAGGACCCACCCGCAGCCCCAGCCCCGCAGCGGGAAAGGGCUUCUCUGUCUUGCCUGUGUUUUUCCGUUUUAACGAUGCUCUCUGCAGGCUUUCUAUCCUCAUCCCCUCUGUAUCUAGCUUUCCAUCCCCCGUCUCUCCCGCUGUCUUCGGCCUCGGCCGUUUUCCGUGAAUGCUGCUCUGUUGCGUUGUCUUCUCUUUAUUUCUUCUUCCUUGUCCUAAGAAAAGACAUUUUUAACCGUUGAAAAUGUGAAGGCAGAAACAGAGGAGGAACCCUGUGAGGGCCUGGAGGCCUCGGUGAAACUGUGUGGGCCCAGGGUCCAGGCUGACUCCGGGCCAGGUGCUGCAGGAGGAGGGGGCUCGAGCGGCGGGAACCUCUCAGAACACUACAUACCCGAACGGCCCCUCUCUGCCUGUGGGUGCAGUGAGCAGACCCCACAGCUUCUCCGGCCUGUUCCCCGGUCUGUCCCUUCCUCUGUGGUUGAGGGUGUCCUUUCCCUGAGGUAGACCCUGGGGGAGCCAAGCUGGUCCCAGACAGGAACUUCCUUUCUGGGUGCUCCCAGCUGCCCUACCACCCCCAAAUCCUUGGGUUCAAUGUUUACUUUCUCAUUCGGAUGCCAGCAACGAUGGAGCCUCCCAGUGCGGUGGGGGCACUGGGAAGGGUGUCUCCGCUCUCUGCUGCCUCGGCUUUGCCUGGGUGUAGGGGGUGCCAGGGCCCUCAGGGCCCCCCAGCCCUGCCAUUACGGGUUGUCUGACCGUACGCAUGUGACAUUUUUUGUUGUUGAUAAGCUUCGCCCCUUUACCCCACGCCACACCCACGUCACCCUGCUGGAGGCCCCCACCAGGGAGGCCAGAGCGUAUUUAUUUCUAUAGUGAGCAGUUUUUUCCCCCCAGAGAAAGUAAAAUAGUCUUGGAAAUGAUUUUAAAUCUCAAAUCUAGGCAGCUCCUGUCCCUCCGCCCUAGCCCCGUCCCCAUCUUCUUCAGGACUAAUUUCAUGGAUUUUUUUUUUCUCAUGUAUAAAAUCAAAACGAGGGGGAAAAAAUGAUUCUUUUUGAAGUUCAGAACCUAUUCCUGUAGAUAGAUAGACUGCCAUAACGGACUUUUCUCGGGAACUUUGUUUCUUGUAGAAACGUGGGAAGACUUUUUUUUUCCUUAUUUCUUUGUACUUCCAAAAAAAAAAAAAAAGAGCAAACCAACCAACAACAACAAAAAAAAAUGACACAAACAGCAAGUUUCCCUUCCCCCCAAAGUAGAGCAGGCAUGUAAAUACUUCUGGACCGUGACUGUUGUGACCCGGAGUCCUCACCGAGAAGAAAGUGCUCCGGGUGGGGCCGACCCCACCCGUGGACCAGGGCGGAGCCUCUGGUAUCAGCUUGUGUCAAGCUUCUUACAUGUAAAUUCUGUACAAAGAAUUGUUAUUUUCUCUCUCUCUCUCUCUCUCUCUCUCUCUCUCUCUCUCUCUCUCUCUCUCUGUCGUUGGUGGUUUUGAUGUGUUUUUUGUUUUGUUUUGUUUUUGAAUCCUCCGCGGGCCUUCUGUGUUUGAGACUGUGCCCACAGGUCUGAAGGUCUAGAAGAUCAGUGGCAUUAAAGACACAGGGGGUACCUGGGCACAGCGUUGACCUUCUCUUCCAUUUACAGUUUUCUGCAUAACUGUGCAAAUGAGAAAAAUAUUUAUUUUUCACAAGAAAUGUGUAGUGUGUAGAGAUGGCUAAUUUGAGUUCCACGUGCGGCCACCUCCCCCACUGUGGGCGGUUUUCACCUCCUCCUUGUAUCCUCCACAGAAGGGUAAGGAUGAUGACCCCCAGAAGCCAGGGGAGAGCUGCGGGUUCAGCCCAUCAUGGGAUCCGCGUGCACUAACCUUGGCUGACUUUGGUGAUGGGUGAGGUGUUGAGGUUGCCCCCUUGCCCAAACCCCUGCCCCUUGCCCCCCCCCCAAGAAUGGUUUGCAAUAAUCCUGAUGUGUGGGCUCAUUUUUCUUUUGAACGCUUUUGUUAUCACUGAAUAGAUCUCUGCUUUUAAAGGGCCAGGGGAUUCUGAUUUUUUUUUGUCUCCCCCCCCCCCCGCCCCUACAAAGAAGAGAACCAAUAAGUUUUCGGGUUGUCUGCGUAUAGACUCUCUGUCAUCUGUAUGUAACUGUUUUUGGAGAGAAGUGUUUCCGUUGUGGGCGUGUCUUGCUGUAAAUACCUGUUCAUAUUUUUGUGAAUUCAAUACUAUGUACCAUUGUAUUAUAGUAACUUUUAUAAAGCGAACCAUAAAUAUACUGACUUUUCUUACA